GUUACAUUAGCUUUCUUUCAUUUUAUCAAUACAGUUUUCUUAAUAGUUUGUGAAAUUACGGGUUAUGCACUUAUGCUUUAUUUUGGGUCGGUUGAAACUUGAUUCCAAAGGAAACUUCUUGAUUUGGGAGUUUUACAUUUCUCAAACUUCUAGAAAGGGCUAAAAAUUUUCUUGAAUUAACCCACAAAAAUUGGCUUGUGCCAAACACAAAGUACCCUUUCUGCUUCCUCUCAUCACCAAAUAUGGCUGCAACAGCAUCAAUCUUAGCCAAAGCAGCAGAAAGAGCUGGUCCAACCAUCCGCCGUCAAGCUCUAAGCUUGACCGACGCAGCAGCUACACGCAUACGGCAGCUCUUACAGCAAAGGCAACGCCCUUUUCUUCGCCUCGGAGUCAAGGCUCGUGGGUGUAAUGGAUUGUCUUACACCCUUAACUAUGCCGGUCCAGACGAAAAGGGAAAGUUUGAUGAGCUAGUCGAGGACAAAGGAGUUAAGAUCCUUAUUGACCCCAAAGCAUUAAUGCAUGUCAUUGGUACCAAAAUGGAUUUUGUUGAUGACAAACUCAGGUCAGAGUUCAUAUUCAUAAAUCCAAACUCAAAAGGUCAAUGUGGAUGCGGAGAAUCAUUCAUGACAACUAGCAGUUCUGAUGCUACUAAACAAGGCUGCAGCUAAAUCUCCGUAAACGAUUGACUGCAUUUUGUUAGUUUACUCAACUGUUACUAAAUAUGAGGUUCCUUUUAUCGUUCUUCGCUUGCUGUUCGCUCUUUUCUUUUCGCUGUUCUUCUUUUGUUGUAACCUUUAAAAAAAUCCGACAGCUGCAGAAUGAUAUUACCAGUCUUUUAAUAUGUUUAUGUACAUGAUUACAUUCUUUUGUUUGUAAAUAAGUAACUCAUAAUAAGCAAGCAUACUUUAAUUGAA